AUGACGACUAAGACCAUCCAUGGGAACUCGCAAUUCCAGAAGCCCUCCUCUCUACGCUGGACGUGGGAGUCACCCGGUGGAGGGUAUCAUGAUAAAAUUGACCACAUCAUUGUCAGUAGAAGGUUUUGCAUGACGGAUGUCGUUAUUGUACCAAAGUUUUAUACGGGAUCGAAACAUCGCCUUCUUCGAGGAAGAUUUUCUUUCACAGGGAGAGAACGAAAAGACGCGAAGUUCACUAAGCGAACUCCCAGAACUAUCAUCGACUGGGAGCUCUUCGCUUCGCUUGUCGGUUUCCGGGGAGAUGCCAUCAUGGGCAACAUCGACGACGAAUAUGAACGGCUUCUAGAACAUCUUCACGACUGUACGAAGAAAGCGAACAGUAUCAAAACCACCAAGAGACGUCCGUCUGAUGAAACUCUAGAGCUAAUACGUCGGCGUGGAGCUCCACAAGGUGCAAGGAACCAUGAACUCACGUCCGGGCUUGCGAGGAGUGCAGAGGAGCGAUAA